AUGACUGAGCAUCGACUAGUGGACCCAGAAGUUUCAAGCGCGAAAAGAACAAAGACGAAUGACCUAGAUCCUUCAACGAACCCAUAUUUAGCCCAUUAUCACGAAGACAAGGAGUCUAGUAUGAAAGACAAGAAAGAUCUUUCGAAAUGGAAAAGAAAUAAAACCACAGCUAAGCAAGCCCGGCUUGCAGAAGAUGGCCCUAACAACCCUUUCAAUGAAAAGCCCCUGUCUCAAAAUUACUUCAACAUACUAAAGACCAGAAGGGAUCUUCCAGUCUACAAACAAAGACAAGAGUUUCUCACGAUGUAUCAAAAUUCCCAGAUCUUGGUUUUUGUUGGAGAGACUGGUUCGGGAAAGACUACACAGGUACCACAGUACGUCCUGUACGACGACCUUCCCCACCUCAACGGAAAAAUGGUUGCUUGUACACAACCUCGCAGGGUGGCUGCAAUGUCUGUAGCUCAGCGUGUAGCGGAUGAGAUGGAUGUCGAGCUUGGCGAAGAAGUUGGAUACAAUAUUCGAUUUGAAGAUGUUACUGGACCUAAAACCAUAUUGAAGUACAUGACGGACGGUAUGCUUCUACGGGAAGCUAUGAACGACCACGACUUGACGCGAUACAGCUGUAUCAUAAUUGAUGAAGCUCAUGAACGUACUCUUGCUACAGAUCUUCUUAUGGGCUUACUGAAGGAAAUUGCUGACAGACGACCUGGGCUAAAAAUAGUUAUUAUGUCGGCUACACUUGAUGCGCAAAAAUUUCAGAAAUAUUUCAACAAAGCACCGCUCCUAGCUGUACCCGGGAGAACCUAUCCAGUCGAAAUUUUCUACACUCCCGAACCAGAACGUGAUUAUGUUGAAGCCGCCCUUCGCACAGUUCUCCAAAUCCAUGCAACUGAGCCUGAAGGUGAUAUAUUGUUAUUCUUGACAGGAGAAGAAGAAAUAGAAGAUGCAUGCAGAAAGAUCUCAUUAGAAGCAGACGAAAUGGUCAGAGAAGCCGACGCUGGUCCUCUCAAAGUAUAUCCACUCUAUGGAUCUUUACCACCCCACCAGCAACAGAAGAUUUUUGAGCCUGCGCCCCCACCAAAUAGACCAGGGGCACGGCCUGGAAGAAAAGUUAUCGUUGGAACCAACAUCGCCGAGACCAGUUUGACAAUCGAUGGUAUUGUCUAUGUUGUUGACCCAGGUUUUAGCAAGCAGAAAGUCUACAAUCCUCGUAUCCGAGUGGAGUCGUUACUGAUCUCACCCAUUUCAAAGGCCUCUGCUCAGCAAAGAGCAGGUCGUGCAGGUCGUACCCGACCGGGUAAAUGUUUUAGACUUUACACCGAGCAUGCGUUCAAAACUGAACUAAUCGAUCAAACCCAUCCUGAAAUUCUUCGCUCAAAUCUUUCAAAUACAGUAUUGGAACUCAAAAAGCUUGGGAUCGUUGAUCUUGUGCAUUUUGAUUUUAUGGAUCCACCCGCACCCGAGACCCUAAUGAGGGCCCUCGAAGAACUGAACUACCUCGCAUGUCUUGAUGAUGAAGGAGAGCUAACAGCGCUUGGUCAGCUCGCUUCAGAAUUUCCACUUGAUCCAGCUCUUGCUGUAAUGCUGAUAAGUUCACCGGAGUUCUAUUGUUCCAAUGAGAUACUUUCUCUCACGGCCUUAUUAAGUGUUCCUCAGAUAUUUGUUCGUCCAGCUAGUGCUCGGAAACGUGCUGAUGACAUGAAAGCUUUGUUUACGCACCCAGACGGAGAUCACCUAACAAUGCUAAACGUAUACCAUGCAUUUAAGGGUGAAGAAGCACAGAGAAAUCCAAAGGAAUGGUGCCACAAACACUACCUAAGCUUGCGUGCUCUACAGUCUGCAGAUAGUGUAAGGGAACAAUUGAAGCGCAUUAUGACAAAAUCCGAGCUCGAACUCAUGAGCACCGAUUUUACUGAUAAAAACUAUUUUAAUAAUAUCCGUCGCGCAUUAGUAUCUGGGUUUUUCAUGCAGGUUGCGAAAAAAGAAACUUCGGGCAAGAGUUACAAGACUGUCAAAGACGAUCAAAGCGUAUUGUUGCACCCGAGCACUGGGCUCGGAGUGGACAGUGAAUGGGUACUCUAUAAUGAAUUCGUUCUAACAACGAAGAAUUAUGUAAGGACCGUCACUUCUGUCAGACCUGAAUGGUUAUUGGACAUUGCACCAAAUUAUUAUGAUCUUUCGUCCUUUCCUAACGGUGAUAUCAAGACUGCGUUGUGUAAAGUAUCCGAAAAAGUAAAAAGACGGCAAGCUAUGAAAGGGAAGCGAUAA